UUCUCUGUAAUUGCCUACGUUCACAGGUAAAAGAGAAAUGUAUAGUUUUAAGUGCCUCAACAAUAUCUUACCAAAUUGCACAUAAAUGCAUGUCCUUUACACUUGACGCCUGAUUUUUUAGGUUUUGUAUGCAUAAUGUAAUAUUCUAAAAAUUCCAAAGGGCGUUAGUAUUAUUAGUUUUAGUAAGUUUACAUACAUUUAUUAGUGGGAUAUAGUCUUUGUGGAUAAUGUUCUGUACAGAAGGCUCAGGAAUUUGUUUUUGUCUAAAAUGUGUAUCUGAUCCUGUACACCCCACAACUAAUUAUUGUUCAGUCCUUUUCCCGGUUGCUGUGAGGUUAUAAAAAUCAUCUACUUAGCUAACAAAACAGUGUUCUGAAUUAUUCAAUGAGAUCAUAAAAUUUUUGCUGAUAUAUGAGUUUAAACAAUGUCUCAAUUAAUAGAACUCAUUCUUCAGGGUGACGGUGAUAGAAUCCAGAAGUUUUUGAAAGAAUAUGAUAAAGACCCAGAAGGUUAUCUACGAUUUAUGAAUGAAUAUGACGAAAUGCACAAUUCUGCUAUUGAAUUAUUUACAAUAUUAGAUUCCAGGAAUUUUAUUGAAAAGGCAAUAAGCAAUGGUUAUAACGAGCUAAAUAAAACCGGAAAAAAUGGAUGCAAUUUAGUACAUUAUGCUGCUAUGUGGAAUCAUGCUGAUUUAAUAAAAUAUUUAUAUUUUGCUGGUGUCGACGUCUAUAGAAAAAAUAUUCACGGCGAAACCGCACAUAAACUAGCUGUUAAAUAUAAACAAGAAGAAGCAAUGCAUAUUUUAGAAUGGAUAGAAUGUCGUGAUGAAUUUAUUAUGCUGAUCCGAUUAGUCAGGGAAAUUUUAGCAACUUCUGAUAAGAAUGACUAUACAAAAGAAGAAAGGAAAAUUGCAGAUUCUGCUUGUCUUGAUGGAGAAUCCUGGAUUAAUAAAAAUAAAGAAGCUACACUCAGCAUGCUUAAAACAAAAAAAGAACAAAUUGAAUUGAUUGUAGAACCAUUCUUACGGAAGAAAUCAUUAGUCAUGUAG